CGUUAAGUUAUAAGAAUUUGCGCGGGGUUGUUGUUGUUAUGGGUGUCUGUCAGACGGCUGCUGUGAUUCCUCUGAGGUCGUUAAAUGUCGGGUUUUAUUCUUAGUCUUUUGAAAUGAGACCUCGUAGGUAACUGCUGAUAGAUAAUAAAUAACAUUACGGUAAUAAUAACACUUUUAAACGAUAAACCGGGACCGCCAUCUUUAAGUAUUAAAGCAUCAGAAUGUCGAAGCGGGAAACUUUUUUAAAAACUGUCAAUCAGAAAAACACCGAAAAGUUCCUGCUGUUCAUCCAACUGCAUAAGGACAAAGCCGAGCCUUUCGAUGUGGAAGAAGUGGUGCAGGAGAUGCCCCGAGACCAGAGACAGACUCUGUGGGAACUGGCCUUACUCCUUCAGGAUGUCCUGCAGGAGUUACCUGAGGAGUCCAGGGAGGGCAUGGAGGCAGCUGCUGACCCUAAACAUGUCAUGGCGGUUGUGGAUGGUGUGACUCUCGUGGCGUCCGCAUCCUUAAACGUACUACAAGAAGGCGACAGCUACAGUGCCCUUCUGGAGACUGCACACAGGCUUCAUGCGGUCCUCGAGUCGCUUCCUGUCUCGGAGGCUCCUCUGCAGAUCCACAUCCUGACUCUGUGCGAGACCUGGUGGAAGAAGAGCCUGAAGGAGAAAGAAAAGUUUGGUCGCACUGCAUUCCUCGCCGCCCUGCAGAAGAGCUUCACUCUGAAGAAACCAGGCGUCGAGAUCCAAAGAGUCUGGAGUCUCCAUGACGUGCUUUUAAGUCUGGAUUUCACAUCAGAGGAUAACAAGCAGGCGACCGACCUGUUGCUUCAGUGCUUUCAGUUUCCUAACUUCAUCAAAAACGAUGAUGGGAAGCGUUUCCUGGUGUUUCUUUUCAGCUGGGAUGUCGGCUUCGUCCCGAUGAUUCAUGGCACCGUCAAAAACGGGCUGGAGUUCUACAGCAAGACCAGGACCGCCCACAUUACAGAGAUCUACUUCAGGGCCUGGAAGAAGGCGAGUGGGGACUUCCUGGAGCAGAUUGAGAGCUCCUGCGUUCAGGAUCUGAUGCGGAGUGCGAUCUUGCUCUCUCGAUCGUCUCCUGUGUUUGACAAAGUCCGACAGAUUGUGAACUAUUUCCACAAAAAGAAGAGCUGUCCUCGGGUGGAGAAGAUGCUCUAUCACCUCUACAAGCCCGUUCUCUGGAGAGCUUUAAGCCCGAACUUUGAGGUGCGUGCAAACGCGGCUCUGCUUUUUGCCGAGGCGUUCCCCCUCCAUAACCCGGAGCAGAACUGCUCGAAUAUGGACGAAACCAUCCAGAAGCAGCUGGACACAGCGAUGGAGCUCCUCAACGAUACUCACCCCACUGUGCGCUCCAGUGCCACCUUGGGAGUCUGUAAGGUCCUGGCUAAGUUCUGGGAGCUGUUCCCUCCUACGAUCAUCACUGACUUCCUGAAGAAGAUGAUGGAGCUGGCCACCGACAGCAGCUCUGCGGACGUCCGCUGCUCAGUCUUUAAGUCUCUUCCUAUCGUGUUGGAGAAUCCUCUCAGCCAUCCCAUCCUGGAAAAGCUUCUGCCCACUCUGAAGUACAGCCUCCACGACAGCUCAGAGAAAGUCCGAGCUGCUUUUGUCGAUGUGCUUAUCAAGGGGAAGGAAGUGCGCGCACUCAAGUUUUGGGACGUGUGCCAAACAGACCACCUGCUGACCCGCCUGGCCAUCGACACCCAUCCGGUUUCCAAGCGAAUCGUCGACCUGCUCUUCAAGUCCUUCUUCCCUGUCAGCGAACCGGAGAGGGAGUGGUGCUGUCGCUGCAUCACCCUCAUCCAGAUGAACCCUGCGGCCGCCAGGAAGUUCUACCAUUACGCCGCCCAGCACACAGCUUCCUCUAACAUAUUAAACCUGAUGUUGGCCAUCCGUCGUGUUCUGAACAGCUGCAUCCAGAAGAACAGCGAGCUGUCGGAGAUCAACGACAGCAACAAGGAGAACAGCGCCGCUGAUCCUCUGUUGGACACGGUGACGGUGGCUCGUCUGCUGGAGGUGGUCGUCAUCAUGUGGAAAACUGUGGAGAAGGCGCUGAAA